AUGCUGGGGUUCUCUCUUUCUCGCCUUCCAGACUUGGACUACGACGGUCAUUUCAGGGAAAAGUUUGCUCUGGUGCCAGGAUACUGGUACUAUUUCGGCUUUGGACACUACCGCUAUGGCAUGCUCAUACAUCUUGCAUCCGUACUGCCUGCAGGCAUCCUCAUGGUGUUUCAGUUCACGCCAGUCAUUCGCCACAAGUUUAUCACCUUCCACCGCAUCAACGGUUAUAUCGUCCUACUACUCUGUCUAGUCAGCAACGCAUCGGCAUUUGUCAUCAUUCCACACAAGCAGGGUGGAAACAGGAUCACCAGCCACGCGGUCGAAAUGCUCAUGUGUAUUAUUACGACAAUUGGAAUUUUCAUGGCUUGGUGGAACAUCCGCCGGAAGCAAAUUGACCAGCAUCGCGCUUGGAUGAUACGUACCAUGUUCUACAUGGGCGUCACCAUCACGGCCCGCCUUAUCAACCUGGCUGCUGGCAAAGUCAUCUCGCGCUUCGGUAACUAUUGGUCAGUCUGGAUGUGCGACGAGAUCAGUUUUCUGUACACCAACCUCGGCAUGGGACUUCCCCAAGGCUGA